AUGGACGCGGAGGCCGCCAACCGCGGGACGGAGGAUACGCACAAAUCGGAUGCCUGCGAGAGGGAAAGAAAACGGCGCCGGACGGACGCCCAUCCGCAGUCGCUGCGGUGGAAGUCCCCCACAGAGCAGCAGAGCUACUCCUCGAAGCUGCUGGAAGCCCUCCACCACGUCCGCCGCACCUCCACGUCCUCGUCGGCCGCCAACGCCACUCCGAGGAGUCGCGCCGUCCGCGAGGCGGCGGACCGCGUCCUCGCCAUCGCCGCGAAGGGGCGUACGCGGUGGAGCCGCGCUAUCCUCUCCAAGUGCCGCACUCUCAAGCUGCGGAAGAAGCGGGUCGCCGUCGCCUUCGGCCACGGCCGCCAUAGAAAACCGGGAUUCUCAGCCCCCGCCGAAGCGAAGAACCCUCCGACCCUGGAGAGAAAGAUGAAGACCCUCGGGAGGCUGGUUCCCGGCUGCCAGAAGCUCUCCUUUCCCUCCAUCCUCGAGGAGGCCUCCGACUACAUCGCCGCCCUCCAGAUGCAGGUCCGUGCCAUGAGCGCCCUCACCGAGAUCCUCUCCUCCCUCGGCUCAUCAUCCCCAUCCUCCAACCCCAACUCCUAG